AUGAAGGGAACAUUGAAUCAUGGAUUAUUGUUUACUAAAAAGGAACAUUUUCUACUGGAAGCUUAUGCAGAUGCAAAUUGGGCUACUGAUGUUAAUGACAGGAGAUCUACAAGUGGGUAUGCUAUGUUUAUUGGAGGAAAUUUAGUUCAAUGGAGUUCAAAGAAACAAGAGGUGGUUUCUCUGUCAUCUACUGAGGCAGAAUACAGAGCCUUAAGCCAAGCUUCUACAGAACUUGUUGGAUCAGGAAUUUAUUUGAAGAAGUUGGAGUUGCCAGCAGGUGGCAAUUUAAUUUAUGCUGGAACUUCUGUGUCAGCCAUCACAAUUUCAGAUUUUAGUAGUACUGGUAUUAUUGAGACUGGCUUAGGAUCAGUUUUGGCUUCUACAAUGAAAGAAAGCACAACCAAAGAGGCAAGUACAGAUGCUUCUGAGGACACUUUCAAAGUAGCUAUUCUCACAGUAAGUGAUACAGUUGUAUCGGGAACUGAGCCUAAUCGAAGAAAGGUUGCCACUAUCUCUGCAAAUGGUGAACUUGAGAUUGGAGAAUUGAUAGCAAGAGCAAUAGAAAAAGUUGGAAAGGAAGGAGUGAUUACUGUUGUUGAUGGAAAUACUUUGGAUAACGAGUUGGAAGUGGUGGAGGGAAUGAAGCUCGGAAGAGGCUAUAUAUCUCCAUAUUCUAUUACUAAUCAAAAGACACAGAAAUGUGAACUUGAAAAUCCCUACAUUCUCAUUCAUGACAAGAAGAUAUCAGACAUGAACUCACCUGUGAGAAUAUUGGAGCUGGCUCUAAAUAAAAACAGAGAACUCCUUGCUGUGGCUGCGGAUGUGGAAAGUGAUGCACUAGCUACGUUCAUUCUCAACAAGAAUCAUGCUGGUGUUAAGGUCUGUGCUGUUAAAGCUCCUGGUUUUGGGGAGAACAUACAAGCAAAUCUAGAUGAUCUCGCUAUUCUAACUGGUGGAGAGGUUAUCUUUGAAGAUCAUGGUCUAACUCUUGAUAAAGUCAAAGUAGAAAUGUUUGGCACUGCAAGAAAGGUCACUGUCUCUGUUGAUGACACUAUCAUUCUACAUGGUGGUGGGGAUAUGAAGUUGAUCGAAUAG